UCCAAAUUCACGUGCUAGGUGCCCUGAUCACAGCAUUAGUACAAGCAGAUAGUAGUGGUACGUAAUCUCUGGUUCAUAUCAUAUACUAUGGUCCCCCACGGCCCACCUACUUUGAAUUUUCUGGGUAUCUCCAUGUUUCACUUUCGAGCUAUGCAAUCAUGCUCUCUCCAUCGCCAUAUUUCUUGCAGCCCCUCCCUCUUGAUUGAGGGGACAAUCCCAAUAGUGCUUACAUAUAUAAUUAUAAAAGCGUGUAGACAACUCACUCUACUACAAGGCUGGAGGAAGAGAACCAAUAACCCCUCCAAAAGCAAGACUAUAGUGUUUUGGGUUUUGAUUCCUAAAAGUAGAAGGGGGGUGGGGGGAAAAAUGGGUUUCUGGACACUGCUUCAGGUGGCUUCAAUGCCAGUCAUACAAGUCCUCGUCAUCGGCCUCUUGGGCGCUCUCUUGGCAACCGGCUACUGCAAUGUCCUCCACGCCGAUGCUAGAAACUACUUGAACAAGGUUGUGUUCACGGUCUUCACACCCUCGCUCUUGUUCUCCAUUCUCUCCAAAACCGUCACCCUCGACGACAUCAUCUCAUGGUGGUUUAUGCCAGUCAACAUCGGGCUGACCAUGUUAUUUGGAGGACUUCUGGGUUGGCUGGUGGUCAAAGUGUUGCGGCCCAAGCCGCAUCUUGAAGGCCUUGUCAUUGCUACCUGCGCCACAGGUCCAUGUUUAAUUUCAUCUCAUCUCUGCAGCUUCUCAUCAUGUCCAAUAAUACUAAUAAUAAUCACCUUUUGUCUCUCUCCGAUCAUCUCUCUUUGUUUCUUUUCCUUCAAUGUUCAGGGAACUACGGGAAUCUGCUGCUGAUAGUUCUACCUGCAAUAUGCAAAGAAGACGGCACUCCAUUCGGGGAGGAUCAUGCAACAUGCGGCUCCAUUGGACUCUCAUACGCAUCCUUCUCUGCUGCGUUGGGUAGCAUCUAUGUGUGGACCAUUGCUUACCAGCUCGUCCGCACCUCAGCUAUCAAACUCAAGCAACUUGAUGAGGUGGCUGAUGAAUUAGAGGCCUCCAAAUUACUAAACGACGUCGAUCAAGAUGCUAACCUGCAGGGAUCUCUUCUUCUUGAAGAUGCACGAGUUCCAAAACCUGCUGCAGCUUCUUCUGGGUGGAGCCAAGUCGUGGAGGUGCUACAUCGGAUAUUACACGAGCUCACUGCCCCUCCCACGCUUGCUACAAUAUUUGGGUUCUUGUUUGGAGCUACUGCGUUUUUGAGGAACUUGAUAGUGGGCGAGGGUGCACCCUUGCGUGUCAUCCAAGACUCCAUUGCUUUACUUGGGGAUGGUGCAAUUCCCUCCAUCACCCUCAUAUUGGGAGGCAACCUCACUCAAGGGUUGCGGUCGUCAAAUAUCAAGCCAUGGAUGAUCGUCGGAGUGGUCUGCGUGCGAUACGUAUUCCUGCCGGUGAUCGGAAUAUUCGUGGUGAAGGCAGCUUCCGGCCUGGGGCUGCUCCCUGCCGAUCCUCUGUUCGCCUACGUGCUAAUGCUUCAUUACAGCAUCCCACCGGCCAUGAACAUUGGCACCAUGACACAGCUGUUUGAUGUGGCGCAAGAAGAGUGCUCAGUUAUCUACCUGUGGACAUACUUGUUUGCAGCCGUCGCGCUCACCCUGUGGUCUACAGUCUACCUGUGGAUGUUGUCCUGAUCAAAGUAAGAAAGGGGAUAACGGGCAUUCAAUUGGGCAGCAGUUGUCAUAAUGUAUAUGAUAAGGGAGAGGGAUUAAUCAGAGUGGAAAUGAAAUAAGUUCUUACAGUAAUUGAGGGUAGGUAGGAAUGCAUGGUGUGGCAAGUUUAUAUAAUUUUGUGUGACUGAUGUCACGAUAGUGUGUUUGGAUAGAGUGAUUUAGACUUGAUAUUUGUGAUUUUGAUUUUUAAAUGUGUGUUUGGAUAUUAAUUAUAUUUGGUAAUUGGAGCCAAAUUUAUUGGGUGAUUUCCAAA